AUGAUACAUUUUAAGAAGAUUCAUAAAAAAGAUCUAAAUCGUCUUAAAUAUUUAUUUGGAGUGAAAAUGGGCCUUAAAAAUGGACCGAUGCUUUUAGAUGGAAAAAUUACAUAUCCAGAGCCUGAACAACAGUUAAAAUGUACUUUUGUAACGCCUAUGGGAGAACGUAAAACGUUAACAGUGUCUGAGGGCCAUUCUAUUUUAGAUAUUGCACAUGAAAAUAAUAUUGAUCUUGAGGGUGCAUGUGAGGGGUCUAUAGCAUGUUCUACGUGCCAUGUUAUUGUAGAUCCUGAAUAUUAUAAUAAGAUGGAAGAGCAGUCGGAGAAAGAGCUAGAUAUGCUUGAUCUAGCAUUUGGGCUUACUGAAACAUCAAGGUUAGGGUGUCAAAUUAUUAUGAAUAAAGAUUUAGAUGGAAUUACUCUUAUGCUUCCGACAGCAACUCGGAAUAUACAGUUCAAAAAACAAUAACUUUAAAAUAUCAUU